GUUUAUUGUAUUUAUUUACCUCUCAAACAGUCGCUGUUGUGUUUUACGUCUCGUCGUGUGCUCCUUGAGGUGGCGAGCGAGCGCGGUUAAAGAUUGUGGUUAAGGGCCCGAAGGACGAAGCGUCUAGGCCUGAGGCGUUCCCCUCUUCAGGCAACAGCGGCAACUAAUUCUAGUUAGUUACAUUUAUCAUGUUAAUAUUGUUUACGUACCCAUCUUUAUCAGUGCAUUGCUAGAUGAAUGCCUCUCCACGCCUUGUCGGUCGUGGUGUUUGUUUGACCGGACGCUGGUCGGUGGAGGUGGAAGUGAUAGAAACAACGCUGGUGAAGGCGCAGCACUGCAAUUGCCUGCCGACUCCACUGCGGGCAGAAGCGCAUCGACUGCAGGGAGCCAUAGAGAGCCCCGUCGAGAGAGGCAGCGCUGGCUGGUUCCUGCCAUGGGCUGGGAGGAGGUGGAGCCGGGCCCCAUGCUGGCAGCCGUGCUCGUGGCCGUGGCACUGGUGCUCGCAUGGCUCUCCACCUAUGUGGAGGACAGCUCCGAGCAGCUCUUCCGCUCCAUCGUCAGCAGCUCACCCAUCGGCUCUUCCGGCUCCUCCACCGGUGUCAGCGCUGCCGCCUCUCCUACAGAGCCGUCGACGUCGGCCGAACCCGGCGCCCUCUUGAUCAGGAGCGUGGCACCGGCACGAUCCCCGGCUGAGCCGCAAGCCAGCGGGGGUGACACAGAGAGCGACGGAAGCACUGGGAACAAAGUGGGAGAGGGCGAUUCCUCAGACGGUGCUCGCAGCCAAAACGGAACCUCCAUUGACGCCACUAGCGCCAGCGACGGGGCGGAAGGUGCCUCUGUGCCGAUGGAUGACGGAGCAGAGGCGACGGCAGGGAGGGAGGAUCCAUUGAAUGUGACGGGCCUUCGCAAGAGGACCCGGCUCCACGCGACGCAGGGCAGCGGGACAGGCGAGGUUGAAAGCCCACGCAGCGACCCCCGUGAAGUGCGACCCGGGGAUGUGCAGGUUCGACUCAAGUUUCUGAAUGACUCUGAGAGGGUCAUCCGUGUCAUGCCAGAAGACACCAUCGCCUUCCUUAAAACGACACACUUCCCUGGGCAGGAGGAGCACGUGAAGCUCAUUUACCGGGGGCAGCUACUUCGAGACCCUAAGCGCACCCUCGAGUCUCUGGGCAUUGCCGCAGACGCCGUGCUGCACUGCCAGCUGGCGCGGCGCUCCACCAGUGGCCUCACGGGGCCCAUGGGGGGCAGCCCGGGACCUGCAGAGGGCGGCAGAGUCGAGCCGACGGAUGUUCCGCAGCAGGGCGCGGCAGGCAGCACGUCGGUCGGCCUGCACGUGCUCGUCAUCCCAGUGUUCACACUUGCGCUGUGUGCCGGCUUGUACGCUUGCGCCAACCUGCGACCCUAUCUGUCCGUUCCAGCCGCGGCCUCAAUUGCCGCAGUGACGCUUGUUGCCGGGGCGGUGGUGUACGUCGCUUGUCGGUCGUAAAAUAGUAAAGGAGGUGGGAAAUCGAUACAAAGUUUUCUCCCUGGGCUUCGGCAUAAUUUUCCGUUUGGAUUUAGCCAACGCAGAUCAUCCACUGCUCACUGGAAUAAUUUCACACAAAUUGUGCAGUUAUGCUCGUCGCAGUGACCCACCUACAGCACAUUAAAAGGAAAAGGUCACUUGUUGCCUUAACUGGUUUGUGACCUAUGGUGAGGUUUCUAUUUCAGAUCAUGCAUGAGAUACAAUGCAAGGAGGCUAUGUUUUAUUUCCUUGGAUGCAACUUUCAUGCAUUAGGAUCAUCCAAAACAAUUGUUUCAUUUUUGGUCAGUUAUGUAAGAGAUCCGUCGGUUCAUCUUACACAUUUUACAUUGACCGAUGGUCACCACAUAUUGCAAUGUAAAUGAGUUCCAGCCUUUGGCUUACAUUUUGCAAACUUUUAUAGAAAUUAGAUUUUGAGUAGAGCAGGUUGCUGAAGCUAAAUAUAUGCAUUUGAAUGUCACUCAACAACUAAACUUAAUGUUUAAGUGAUUGUGUGCAAUAUGAGUCCACAUGUGUUGGUGUGGGUUACUGGAUGAUUUGGAAAGUUUCUGUCUUGGUGCCUGUGCUUCUUUGGUUGAAAUCGAUGCGGACUCUGCCAUGCGGGACUUUUAAGAUUUGUGAAUUGAUGCGCGUCCUGUGCAUUAAGGAGUAUUGUGGGCGUGUGAGCUCUACGGUGUGCGGGUGCCACCCUGUGGUGAGAUUGCCAUGUGCUCAUUCCCACACGAGCGAGACCAGCCUGAUAACACAAGCAGAAUUGCCGCACUGUAUGCUACGCAAACAAUGUCCACUCGUGUUGAGUGCGGCACACCUCUCAACGUGUGUUGUGAAAGGUGCGGUAGAAUUUAUACUGUGAUGGUGAUAGACUCCUACCCUUCACCUCCAGGCCAAGUUUGUGUUCCCCACCACUCUGUAUGUUGGGUGUGGGAGUCCCACUACGUAUAGUCUUGCAUCUUUGGUGGUGGUUGAGUAAAUGAAGCUCUCCUUGGUGCUGUGUUUAUGUUGGCCAUGAAUCCACUUAAAAAGUAGUGAAUUGGGAAUAAGUGAAAUACCUGCAUGUCAGUGAGAUGUAAGCAGAAAGUCAAAAACCCCAGAUAGCAUAUAGCAAAUAGACAGUUGUAACUUAACCAUAUCAUAAGGUGAUUACUGUUACUGUGAUGUCACUUUUGAGACUCCAGUGAUGUGAGAGUUUCCUUUUGUUUUCUUCCAAAUUGCUUUGAUCAAUUAUUUAGUUUGGGCCUGUAAGUCGACUGUGGCUCAAUGUGAUGAGCUAUUUCGUAUUUUUAUGGAAAGUAACCUUGGAAAGUUUUUUAAACUUAUUUAGUGUGACUGGUCACUGAGACUAAAACUUUUUCUUCCCAUGGAAUUACAGCACAUGUUCAACCUUUGAUAUUUAGGUUUCUGACUUAUGUUAGUUCUUAAAUGUUUUGGGGUAUUUGCUAGGAUUAUUUAUCGAUUAUCAGUUUUUCAGUUAUGGUUUUCAGAAUCGAAUAUGGAUUCCAAAAGUCACGGAAUUCAUUACGGAAUUCUGUUCAAUGUUAGUAAUGGUUGAACCUAUCGGCACGAACGUUCAAAUGUGAUUGGUCGGCAGCAGCCAUUGAGGCACCAACGCCAGGGCUCAUCGGUCACUGAUACAGAGACACGGCUGGGUGUUUAUGUUUUUCGCAUAUUUUUGUCAUAAUAUCGUUAACGCAAAAAAAACUUGAAAUCCUAAUUAUGGGCCCAUCACAGCUCCCUUGCCAAGUGUGGAAAACUGAUGUCAAUCUAAUUUAUCACUGCAGUCAGUUCAUCCAGAAUGAAACCUGCCUCAUCGAAGCCUGAUUGUAAACUCACACCCUUGCAUUCGAUGGUAAAUGGUAGAGCUUAAACUUUCUAUGUAGAGGUAUAAUUCCUCAAGCAUUACCUCCAUAAUUAAGAGCACCACUCUUAAAAUGUGUCCUUUUAUCCUGGGAGUUGGAGUAGCAAUAAUUGAUCGAUAACUUUAAGCAUUAUCCUUUGCUAUUAAAAAUGUUCAGUCGCUUAGAAAUCUUGGGCUUUGAAUAUAAUUGGAUCAUGAAGGUUAAGUACAUGUUAUAUUCAUGUGCGGUUCAAAGUACUUGCAGUGGCUAAAGUCUCACAUAGAAAUCUCAUGAAUGCUUCAAUUGCCUGUGCUGGGUUCCUUCACUUUUUACUGACGAGGGUGGCCAGAGACACCUAAUUAUUAUACUAUCUGUCCAGAAGAGUAAUUUAUCUCCACACGUAUGUACGCAUGGUGUGUUGUAUAGGAAUAGGAAGUGAAAAGGAAUUGAUCACGUUUGCAUUUCACAUUACUUCCAAAAAUAGAACGCUUGUAAAGUAUGAAGGAAUGACUGCCAUUUAGCCAAAUGGAGUCAAUUAUAGGGAUGUCGAAUGUAGUAUUCUAAAGGAAAUGUAUAACAAAAAAUAAAUGGUGACUUAUUUAAAUGUACAAUUAAGUCAAUAUUUGGAUAGGUGAGCUGCUCGGAACAUGGUGCAGACAAAAACAAAAUUACAUUUGGCACUUACUGGGUCUGCGGUUCUCAUAAACAUUUGAACUUUGGUGGAGCACCUUGGUGUUUGAGGGUGGCGCAUCUCGUGACCGCCUACGCUUUGUGGUUGCUACAGGAACUGUGGCAUCGUCAUCAUUCCUGCUUUGCUCUUGUGCUGUGAGCAUGGUGUUCGUCGUCUCACCGAUGUCGAUUGUUUUCUGCCCUCCACACUCGUGCCAUGAUCUCAUCGCUUUGGCCCACGUCUCGCCACGUUGCCACGUGAAAGUCAAAUAGCUCCACUUGACUUCGACUCUUUUUUUUUGUACGCAGUUUCGUUGUCAAGACUCGAGUCGAGUCGUCGCACCCGUAUGAUUUAGUUAUUCUGUUUGUUGGUCAAGUAAUGGACAAAAGUGCCCGUGGAUGCAUGGUCUUUACCUAAAGACGUCCACCUAAAUAAUGAAACGCAGGUCAAAUGAGAGAGAUACGCGAAUCGAAUAACAGCUGCGUAACGCACACAUGCCCAGCACAUGACCCUGUUUUGGAAAGUAGAUUUUUACUCGUGGGGUCAUUUAGGUGCUCGUGAAAUGAGGCAGUGUCAGACACCUGUUUUGGCUUCUUGUGUUGAAUUUACCCAUGGCAGCAAUAUAUUACAAACGUAAGAUUGCUUUGUCUACAGGGGAUGCUUAGGCCAAUUACAACAAUACACUAAAUACGUGCCAGUGCUUGUGAUGCAUACACAGCAACAUGACAGCCGUUAUGAUUUGUUCAAUCGGGGUACGUGGUGACACCAAAGCACGAGCAGGAACGGUUUCUCGAUGUAACACAAGUUAGUGAAUGUUUCUUUAAAGUAAUCGUCACAACUUUUCAUUUUGGGUGUACGUCAUUCCAAAGAGUGUCUUGUACUUGACAUUGGCACUGGUGUAAAACGAUAUUUGGUCUUAAAAAUUUACAGAAAUUUUAUAUUCUGGUCAGGGCGUUCGUGGACUCCAUUCAACCUAAGAUGUGCUGCUGCAAAGCUCGUGUGAUGUGGGGCUUGUAGCCAGUGUAAGGAGGCACCUUCACUCAUAAAACUCGAAAUGCUUCGCUCACAUUGAGAGAUGAGGCUCAGACUGCUCCACUGUACCAAUAUGCUGGCCCCGAGGCACAUUCCUGUGGGUUUCGUUUUAAACAUCGGAGGAAUGAAUGAGAAAACGAACGCACAGUCCCGCUUUGCGCAACUCUCGAAUGUGUGUUUAAUUUAUUGAGAAAAAUGCAAUUUACAAAAUGGGAUCACUGCAAUCGAUUAAGAAAAAACCUUUACCCCAUGUUGUCAGCAGUGUUCCAAACUAUUUUCUUGGGCUGAAUGGAGUUUGCUUACAGCCUCGAUUGAGAUGAGAUUACCGUAUAUUUUUUUAUUAUUUGUAAACAGUAGGUAUGUUGUAUCUUCUUAGUUUUGUUGGAAUAAUUAUGCAUGAUAACAUUUAUUCCACAUUCAUGUAAAUAGCGCACACCAAGGCUUGCGUGUUAUGAAUGUGCAGUGUACCACGCUCGCCCUGCAGCACGGUGCAGUGCGCUUAUGACGGUGCGGCGUUGUUUUUGUUCAGAAUUAUUUUAUUGUAAAUAAUUUGUUGUGCAGGUGGAACAGCUCAUUUUAGAGCCUUCAGAGACGUAUUUUAAUCUCAGAAUGCCACGACGUAAUCAGUUUUAGUGGGGGUUUUAUUUGUAAUUCACAUUUUGCAUUUUAUUCCAUUGGUGUAGGAAAACUGUCAAGCUGCGAACGUGAGAAACACGAGCCAAUGUUUCUCACUUUCUCAAGCUUCCUAUCUAUUAACGAGACUCCGCAAACCUUUUGCUUAAAUGUGAGGGUAAUCUGAGUAGUUGUGUUUAGCGCGAGCCUCGGCCCCGGCGUUGACUCUCGCCAUGCACGCCGGGAGUUACUCGUCUGCUUUGUGUGCGAGGUAUAGCAGGAUCAACCUCGGUCCUCGUUUUGUUUGAAUGCUCUGCCGCACCAGCUAACGUUUGGUAAUGUAGGAAGUCGUGUGCAAUCGGGAAUUGACUCGCGAGGGUUUCUUGGUGUGAUGCUUAUGGAAACCUCGAUGUCUUUUGUACAUUUGUUUCCGCGUUGGUGUUGACAGGGUUGUGCGUCUCAAGCACCGUCGUGUACCAGUCGGGAGGGUUGUCACUGGCAGACCCACAUUUCUUCUUCGUUGUGAAAUGUACGUGGGAAGGGAUAACACGUAGAGCUCUGCUUCAUGUCAUGACAGCCAUACUUGGUGCGUGUGGUUUUUGUUGUUGUCCAAUAAAGACAGGAACUCGCAAAGCUCGACCGCCAGCAGCCGUGGUCAGACUGCGUCAUUUCUGUCGGAUUACUGUCCCGUGAUUUGGUAGUGAGGUUUGGAGAGAGACGUUUGACGCUUGGACAUUGUGAAGGCC